AGCACAAGGGAGGGGAAUAAUGCACAGAAUUAAGACUCUCUCACUGCCUCAGGGAGCUGAGAAAUGCAAUACAAUGCAUGACAGCUAAUAAGGAAUACAAAGGGAAGCAAGAAAGACCAAACAGUAAAGGGAUAGCCUUAGGAAGCUCAGAGCACACCACAGGGGACGCUACGAAGCAAGGCGGGGGAAGAUGGAUGGAAUAUUGUUGAUGGUGGACCAGAACCCUGUUUUCUCUGUGUUGUUGUUCUCUCUUGUGUUCAGGGUGGUCCAUCACCUCCUGAGGAAGCUGCCCCUGCCUAAAGUAGUAGAGCAUGAUGAGCUUCGCUCCUGGAAGUGGAGAAACCUCAGUGUGUCUCUAGUUCAUUCACUGCUCACUGGCCCAUGGGCCAUCACCUGUGUGUGCCUAUGGCCAGAGAUGCUGAGUAGCAUGCAUUCUUUUUCCACACCAGUCUGCCACCUGCUUGUGAGUGUUUCAGCAGGUUACUUUGUGCAAGAUGCUGGUGACAUCAUAUUUUCAGGACAUUCCAUAGGAUCAUGGGAGUUCCUGCUCCAUCACUUCUUGGUGUUGUGGUGCUUCCUGUACAAUCUGUACACCAAGCGCUAUGUAGCUGGAGCAGUGGUUGCCCUCCUGGUGGAAGUGAACAGCAUGACCCUCCAUGCACGGCUGCUGCUGAAACUGGCAGGAGCUCAGGGGUCACGUCUAUACCAUGCUAACAAGUUCCUCAACCUCUUCACAUAUGUCACCUUCCGCCUGGGUGCCCAGUUUUACAUAACCUAUUACAUCAUCAUCAACUUCUCUUUGCUGCAACAUGGCAGCUACUUCCUGCUCACCGUACUCCUCAUGGACACCAUGAUACUCAUCUACUUCUACCGAUUGCUCAGGGCUGACUUUUGCCCCAGAGGAAAGGGCCAUGUCAUACAGAAUGGCACUCACCGCAGAAGUUCCUCUCAGCUCUUUGAUGACUGAUUGGACUUUGGAGGAUGAAUAAAAACCUGACUGUCUGCUUCAUUACCCUUAGUUUAAGACUGUGAUUUCACCUGGUCAUUUCAGUGUCUUGUUUCUGGGUUGUAUUCUGAUAAGAGCAGCACAAAUUUAUACAUGUAGUAAAAGUAUCUCAACGUGCAU